UGUGUGUACGCCCUUUUCAGAUCUGGAUAUGAUUCAUUUGAAACCUGAGUGGGGUGGUGACACUCUGAAGACACAUGGAAAUUAAUUUCAAUAUUACAAUAAUGACCAUCUUAAGAAAAAAAACCUGUGUCGGUUUGAGAAAAAAUUAUGAGGCCAAGCCCUGAACCAUGAAGGCAGAUUUGCUUAAUGGAGUAAAAGCUCAAACAGCUCAUCUUAUAUUACCAUUUUGCCCUUUCAGACUGGAUUGUAAACUGAGAAAUUAAGACUAUUGGAAGACAAGAUUUUCUCCUGUCAGCAUUUUUUAAACUAUACACAGCUGGAUUCCUCCAAAUAUGACUGACUUGCUGCAGCACCUUUUACUGGUGCUCUUGUUCUCCAGUGCCACCUUACAACUCAGCAUUGCGGCUGUUGCUGAGGGUGAAGAGACAAAAUGCGCUUUUAGAGACUCCUACCAAAAUGAACAUGGAAUUAGUGAAAGUCAGAUUCCUCAAGAGAAUGGUACAGUUUUAUGUAUGAAAGGAAGUACCUGCUACGGUCUCUGGGAGAAAACUCGAGAAGGAGAAAUACAUCUUGUGAAACAAGGAUGUUGGACUCAUAUUGGAGACCCCCAAGAGUGUCAUGCUGAAGAAUGCAUAGUAACAGCCACUCCUUCCUUGAUUCAGAAUGGGACAUACCGUUUCUGCUGCUGUAGUACCAAUUUGUGCAAUGUUAACUUCACAGAGGACUUUCCACCACCAGUUCCUCCAACAUCUUCCGCUCCUCCUCCUCAACAAGAUGACACAAUUAUAAUAAUUUUGGCAUCAGUAUCUGUACUAGCUGUUUUGAUGGCUGUUAUUUUCUUUGGAUACAGGAUGUUAGGAGGGAUCCGUAAAAAAGGCCUGCAUACUAUGAACAUGAUGGAAGCAGCAGCUUUAGAACCCUCAUUAGAUCUGGAUAGUUUGAAACUACUGGAGCUUAUUGGACGAGGGCGAUAUGGAGCUGUAUACAAAGGAUCUUUAGAUGAGCGUUCAGUGGCUGUAAAAGUAUUUUCUUUUGCUAAUCGCCAGAAUUUUAUAAAUGAGAGAAAUAUUUAUAAAAUUCCACUGAUGGAACAUGACAAUAUUGCUCACUUCAUUGUUGGGGAUGAGAGAUGCUCUGCAGAUGGACGAAUGGAAUAUUUAUUAGUAAUGGAAUAUUACCCCAAUGGUUCUUUGUGCAGAUAUUUGACUCUCCAGGCUAGUGACUGGGUGAACUCUUGCCGAAUGGCUCAUUCUGUAACUAGAGGCCUGGCAUAUCUUCAUACAGAAUUACCACGAGGAGACCAUUACAAGCCUGCCAUUUCCCAUCGUGAUUUGAACAGCCGCAAUGUAUUAGUAAAGAAUGAUGGAACAUGUGUCAUUAGUGAUUUUGGCCUUUCCAUGAAGCUAACAGGGAAUAGACUGGUGCGCCCAGGUGAGGAGGAUAAUGCUGCAAUUAGUGAGGUCGGGACAAUUCGCUAUAUGGCCCCUGAAGUGCUGGAAGGAGCAGUAAAUUUAAGGGACUGUGAAUCAGCUUUGAAGCAAGUCGAUAUGUAUGCACUUGGUCUAAUCUACUGGGAGAUUUUUACAAGGUGUAUAGACCUCUUCCCAGGAGAAUCUGUGCCAGAGUUCCAAACAGCAUUCCAAGUAGAAGUUGGAAACCACCCCACUUUUGAAGAUAUGCAAGUCCUUGUUUCUAGAGAAAAACAAAGACCCAAAUUCCCAGAGGCCUGGAAAGAGAACAGCUUGGCUGUGAGGUCACUGAAGGAGACAAUUGAAGACUGCUGGGAUCAAGAUGCUGAAGCUCGGCUGACAGCCCAGUGUGCUGAAGAGAGGAUGGCUGAACUCAUGAUGAUUUGGGAGAGGAAUAAAUCUGUCAGUCCAACUGUUAACCCUAUGUCUACAGCUAUGCAAAAUGAACGAAACCUGUCACACCAUAGACGAAUGACAAAGAUCAGACCAUAUCAAGAAUAUUCUUCCUCAUCUUUCAUUGAGGAUUCAGUUAAUCACAGUGAUAGCAAAGUGAAGAACAUUUCAUCUGAACUUUCAGCGUCCAGCACACCACUGACAGUUGGUGAGAAGAACAGAAAUUCUAUUAACUAUGAGCGGCAGCAAGCACAAGCUCGUAUUCCAAGCCCUGAGACUAGUGUUACCAGCUUGUCAACCAACACUACCACCACCAACACAACUGGCCUUACUCCAAGCACUGGCAUGACCACCAUAUCUGAAAUGCCUUAUUCAGGUGAAACAAACAUUUGUGCUGCAAAUGGCAUGCAAUCAUGUGGGUCAACUCCUGUUUGUCUGCAACUAACAGAGGAGGACUUGGAAACUAACAAGCUGGAUCCAAAAGAAGUAGACAAAAACUUAAAAGAAAGCUCUGAUGAAAACCUAAUGGAACAUUCUCUUAAGCAGUUCAGUGGGCCAGAUCCACUAAGCAGCACUAGUUCCAGUUUGCUGUACCCAUUGAUAAAAUUGGCAGUAGAAGCAAACGGACAACAGGACUUCAUGCAAGUUGGAAAUGUCCAAGCAUGCCUAAUUCCAGAGGUUCAGCCUGCUCAGGUCUAUCCUCUUCCCAAACAGCAGAACCUCCCAAAGAGGCCUACUAGCCUACCCUUAAACACCAAAAAUUCAACAAAGGAGUCUCGGCUGAAAUUUGGAGGGAAGCACAAAUCAAACCUGAAGCAAGUAGAAACUGGAGUUGCCAAGAUGAAUACUAUAAAUGCUGCAGAACCUCAUUUAGUAACGGUUACCACAAAUGAAGUGGCAGGGAGGAGCCAUACAACAAACUCUCAUACUGUGUCAACACAUUAUGUCAACGGGACAGUGCCAUCGGGCCAAACAACUAGCUCAGGAACACACAGAACCCAAGAAACGUUGCAACAUCAGUUCAGUGGAGAAGAUUGUCGUCUGAAUAUCAAUUCAAGUCCUGAUGAACAUGAGCCAUUAUUAAGAAGGGAGCAACAAGUGAGCCAUGAUGAGGGCAUCCUCGAUCGACUAGUAGAUAGAAGAGAACGGUCACUAGAUAAUGGCCGGACAAAUACCAACAACAACAACAGUAACCUGUGUCUAGAGCAAGGUGUUUCUACCCAAAGCAGCCAGAGAACAGCACCAGCUUCUGGAUCGAUCCACACUAAAAGAGCACAGAGGCCUAACUCCCUGGAUCUGUCUGCCACAAAUAUUAUGGAUGGGUGUAAUAUUCAGUUGGGUGAAUCAUCUCUUGAGGGGAAAUCUGGCUCAGGUGAAAAGAUCAAGAAACGUGUGAAAACGCCUUAUUCCCUAAAGAGAUGGCGCCCUUCAACAUGGGUCAUCUCCACAGAACCCCUGGAUUGUGAGAUUAACAACAAUGGGGGUGACAGGGUGGUUAGUUCUAAGUCCAGCACAGCUGUUUACCUUGGAGAAGGAGGUACUGCAACAACUAUGGUAUCUAAAGAUGCAGGAGUGAACUGUCUGUGAAUUGUUUAAAAGCUUACACAACUGACACUAUUGUAUUCUGUUAAUGAACAUGCAGAAGACUAUAUAUAUAUAUAUAUA